AUGGAGGUCCUACCCACGCCACGUCGACCACGCCCGAAAGCACAUUUAUUGAAAAUGUCCGAGUUUGAUGUCGAAGAGCCAUUUCUCACAAACUCAGAGGGCGGCCGUCCUACACUGUCAGCGAUGUUAAUGAAAUCGACUUUGGACACGACCCAACAACAAACUAAUAUAGUGUGUACGACAUUGGACACACUGUAUUUCUAUAAGCACCACCUCGAAUUGUUAUCGCACAACAAACUACUGAAUCCGACCAAACAACAAUGUGAACCACGAUCACCAAGGUCUCCACGGAAAAAAAGCGACGCAGACACUUCGAUUGAGCAGUUGAUGAAACACUACAGAAAACUUGGAGACCAUUUCAUCUCACUCACCGCACAAAUCGCAAACUUUCAACAUCACUUCGCGUCGUACUCACACAAACAGUUGCUCCAGUUGUUCACUUCGGUAUAUAAAGUCGUGCCCGAUACUUCCGAUGGGGAUGAUGUGUUGUAUGGGACAGAGACGAUGGGAAAGCGAAUGAAAGUUGUUAAAUUGUGUGACAACUUUCUGUUGAUCAGUAAGAAGACCAGAACAUUGGAGUCCAUUUAUUACAUCUCAAAGGCUGCAAUCAUCCCACUCUCACAAGUCUCCUUAGAACUGAACAAAUACAUCACUCUUGAGUUCGAAGACCCUUCAAAAUUCCAAACAUGGCUCAAUAAAUUGAAUUCCGUUAAGCCGUGGUUCGAAGUCGUCCCAAGAAGACUCAUCAAGUCCCCAGAUAACACUUCCAUCUUUUUUAAUAAAGUCGGGGUGCCUGUUAAUUCACUUGGAAUAACAGAGACAUCCGUCGACAAAACAACUAAGGCAAUGACCCCCAAAUCGACACAAUCGCCUUCGAUGCUUUCGCCGCGGACAAAGAACAUUCUGAAUAUAAAAUUUGUGAAACGGACGAAAACAAAGACCGUGAAGAUAGUGGGGUUGUCGUUGGAUCAAUUAGCAAACGAACACAAUUUCUUGCAUAUUCCCAAAAACGUUUCGAUGCUAAUAAAAUACAUCAAAGAGAAAGGCGCACACAUCGAGGGCAUAUUCCGAGUGUCGGGGAGUAAAGAAAAGAUCGAGUUAAUUCUCUCGAAAGUCGAUUCAAAAAUUAUAACGUUUGAUUUGUUGGCUUCGGUUGACAUUCACUCGGUCGCAGGAGCUUUAAAACUCUAUAUAAAGUCGUUACCCGAUCAAGUUGUGCCCAAGUCCGUUGAUGAGAAGUUAUAUGAGCUAUGGAGAUUUAAAGACUCGAUGCAAGACAACGAAGUGUUGAAUGAAUUCAAAGAAGUGUUCUCGACAAUGCCGCCACUGACAUACGCAUUCUUACGCGAGUUGUUGGACUUACUCAAAAUCCUCUCGGACAACCAACAAGAGACGAAGAUGACAGUCGAAAAUUGUGUGACGUGUCUACAACCUUCUUUGAGGGGUUACCCUUUUGUAUACACAUACUCCAUCAUUCACUACACUACACUAUUUCCGCCACAAACAGAAAUCACUUUGUAA